CGUAAAUUACCAUUCCAGAGUUCUGUACUUUCGUUGAUUAUUUUUCGACAUAUUUACCACAUAUUCGUGUGUCGAAUGGAUUAGAACCGUCCUUAGACGAAAUGAGGUGGGUUUUCUUUUUUCAAUCCCUAUUUCUAGCGGUUAAUUCUCGUCAAGACUUUUGGCAACAUUGGGGAAACGUUUCUUGUCCGUCACCGGCAAACAGCUGCCUCGAAUCAAAGAACUUUUCCUCUGUUCAAAUAUUCGAUCGAGUCUUACUGCUCAAUUGUGGCAACCGAACGACUGACUCUCGUUUGAUGCGAUGCCUUAAUGUUAAAAACGUACAAGAGAUAACAUUUACAGAUUGUUAUCUGUCGGAGAUUGACUUUAGAAUCUUCAUUUUCGGGUACGCAAUCGAACGAGUCCAAAUAUUGUACGAAACAAACCGGCAUAAGAGAAACUUCGAAAGCGCCACGUUUAAUAACGUGUCGUCUCUGCGAUCUGUCGAAAUACGACACGUGAGAACAUCGGAACUUCUAAAUGUAACAUUUCGCAAUGUUUCAUCGCUGACUUCACUGAAAAUCAAAUACUAUAACUUCACUUUAUUUUCCAACAAACCUUUCCGAGAGUUAAUUAAUCUCUCCGAAUUAUACAUCACGAGUGGUGAAUUAAAAGUUUUACCAGAAGAUCUAUUUUAUAACCUUUGCAAUUUAACAACACUGGACUUAAGGGACAAUAAAAUUGAAUCGAUUCACCCACUUGUCUUUAGAAAUCUCAUCAAACUCAAAUAUUUGAAAUUACAAUCUAAUAAGAUAAAGGAUUUACCAGGUGACGUGUUAAAAGGUCUUUCUAACUUAAGUACAUUUAGAAUUCACAGAAAUUAUCAAUUAUCAGAAAUUCCGUCUGGAUUCUUCAAGAAACUGAAAAAGUUGACUGAAAUUAAUGCAGCGUCUUGUUCUAUUUCUUCACUUAAAGACGAUGUAUUUUCUGAUUUAAUUAAUUUGAAAGACGUCAAUUUAGGUUCCAACCGAAUUGUACAUCUCCCGCUAAAUCUUCUGAGAAAUAACAAACGACUGACACGAAUUUCCUUUUGGGAUAAUAAAAUAUCGACGAUUCCAGCAGAAAUUUUUCACGGACUUUCUGAACUACGAGUGUUAGGCCAGGAACACACAUGCGUAAAAUUGUGUGGCAGAAAACUGAAUCAGAAAUCAGCUUUCAGUUCAGUUUCUGUUUUACGCUUUUAUGCCAGAACACACAUACGUAAAAAUUCUGGCCGAAUAGAAAACACCACUGCCACCAACAGUACUAAUUUUAUUAAUUUUUUCCUCUCAUAUAGGCUAUCUAUCCCUUUGUACCUUCCAUUUUUUCUACACUUCCUCUGCUAUAAUAUAGAAAAUUUAAAUUAAUAGACUCGUAUUCCAAAUUCAAAUAAAGAACGUGUGAUAUAAAUACUAGGCCUAUAUAUCGAUUCUACUAGACUUACCUGUUAUUUGAAAUUUAACACCUGUAGCCAUCCAUAAACGUUGUUUAAAUACAGUGUCUUUAUACAUGACACUGAUUUGGUCGAACGGAUUCAAUAAACUCCUCUAUUUCAUUUAUUUUUCGUUUUUUCGAGACCAUCACAAUUGUAGGGUUAACCCUCAUUGCCACCAUUGUUAGAAUAAAAACCACGUGUCUACUUCGACGUCACAGGAAAGACUUCUCUUUAUUGGAGAAAUUUUGGCGUAAAAAUUUUUCAGCGUAAAAAGUAGAGACAUGCUCUACUCUAUUUUCAGUUUUGUUUCAGCCAAAAUUUCAGAAAAAUUUUUACGUUUUCUGUUUUAUGCUAGAUUUUACGC